AUGCCGACGCCCCCUGCCCCGAGCGUUCUCUACCCUUCUCAGUCGGGCACCCUGGCACGAAAGAGUUCGCUCCUGGUCCUCAGUCCGGACUCCAGGAGUGGUCUCGCAUCUGCCAGCACACAGCUUGACGCUGGUCCUUCCUCGCGGCCACCACCAGUGCCAGCUGCCACGGCCGCGGCUGCGACAGCCGCCCUCGCUGCCAUUCAUGCACCCGGCGAUGCCAUUGGGCCAAGUGUCGCCGCCACAAACGCCGCAGCCACCGCCGCAGCCUCCACCACCGGCACCAUCUCCGCCUCAUCGGCCAUGUCGCAGCCUCUCCCCUCGGCCGGGCGCCGGCCGGUUCUCUCCGGCCGUGGCUCAACUUCCAGUGAGGCAUCUCCCAGCCUGGCAGCCGGUGCUUCCAAUGCCAGCAUCUCCAGCAUGGGCAACGGCCCCGGCGAGCUUCCCUCCUAUUACGCUGUCUAUGCCGAGCGCGAGCGCGAGCGCCAGUCCGCCCUCCAGAAUGAGCGCUCCCAGCUGAAUACCAUGCGCAGCCGGUCCUUCUUCCAGCGCCGGUCAUCGGUGGAGAUCGAUGCGCUCGAUGGCUUGCUGGCUGGUUCGUCCAGUCCGACAGCCGCCACGGCUGCCGCACUGGCGGCAGAAAACCCAGUCUCCCGGGCAGCCUCCAGCCUGGCCCACACCCUUCGUCGGGGGUCAUCCAACAUUGGCCAUGCCAUUGGCGAGUCUGUUUCGAGCAUGUCUCUCCGCCGGGGGUCCGCCGGGAGUGGCGCCCCUCAGCGGCCCUCCAUCACCGAGAUGUCGACCUUCUCCCCGCCGGUGCCGGCCGGCGGCCAGGGUGGUUCUCGACAGGCAUCUCCCCUGUCACCGGCGUCGGAUGCCGGCUCAAGCAGCACUGUCCCCGAUGAUGAGGAUGCCGUGCAGGUGCUGGAUGAGGUGUCCUUCGGCCGGGCCCCGGUCGCUGCUGGCAGCAGCCGGGCCCAGCGCCAGCAGGAGGCCGCGCGUAUCUUGCUGGCCGGUGAUGGCCCUGGCAGUAGGUCGAUGGCCGGUGGCGGCCCGCCCAGAGAGCGCAUGGUCUUCGACAACGAUCAUGACGAGGUGGACGAACUUACAGCUUCCGAUGACUCGAGCUUCGAGUUCUACAGCGACUUUGAUUCGGACUUCGACUCGGACCAUGAAUUUGAGGGGACCGGGCAUGCUGCCAUUUCGCCGGACAAAAAGCCCCUCCCCCCGCCGUCCAUCAUCACCGACCCAGCCAAGUUGCGCCUCGGGGCCGAUGGCAGCAGCCACCCCUUCCCCUCGCCUGGCGUGACCGCUGGCUCCCUGCCGCCGAAGCCAACCGUUGGCGGAGCGCGUGGGCCUGCACUCGGCACGGAAGCCCGGCGCCCGGUGCAGGCUCCCUUCCGGCCGCCGACGCGCAGUGGCAUGUCUCCAAUGGUCAUGGCGGCCCCAUCGCUUGCCGAUCUAUCCGGUCGGCGGUGGUCCUCCUCCAUCUCCCUGGCCCAUGGGAGCCAGGGAGCACUGGGCACCCAGGGCUCCGCACGGCGGCCAUCCCUCCUGCCCGGCAUGGCCAGCAAGGCUGACCAGCCGGCCGAUGUUCCAAUGGCCGCCAAGGCCGGAGCAUCGCCCUAUUUUCUCCCCUCGGCAUACCCCAUCUCGCCCAUGUCGUCCGGGCGUCGGACGACCAUCUCUGGCUCGACCGACACUUUGGGCCGUGUUGCGCUCCGGCCGGGGACAUCGCAUAGUACCACCGGCACCCCGCGGCAGCGCAUCUACCUGAGCAUGAACCCCCCGAAGACCACCUAUCGACAGCGCUUGCGCAUCCGCCGGGCACAGAGAAUCAAUGUCAUUCUCCGGGAACCGGGCGUGCGCAAGCAGCUGGCCGCCCUACGGACACAUAAGGUACACACUUGA